AUGGCACAUCUCCAGCGGCACUGCCUAGUAACAGUAGGCGCCACCGUCGGCUUCCAGCAACUGACGGAACAAGUCCUUGAGCCCGCGUUCUGGGACUUCCUCCGCGCCGAGGGCUUCACGUCCCUUCGCAUCCAGUGCGGGCCCGACAUCGGCUGGGCGAGCGCCCGCCUGGCUUCGCUGCGGGAUCGCGUGCCAGAGGGGCUGGCUGUGGACGUCUUCGAGACGACGAAGAAUCUCAUGAUGGACGAGAUGGUGCUGUGCAAGGCUUGGAGCGGGUCGCGCCGGAUGGGGGUGGUUGUUUCUCAUGCAGGAACCGGGACAAUUCUUGAUGCGUGGAAAGUUGGCCUUCCAGUCAUCGUCGUACCAAACGAGACGCUGCUGGAUAACCACCAAGCCGAAAUGGCCAAGCACCUCGCAAAAGAAGGCUACGCAAUCACAAGCACAGCAAGCUACCUGGACCUUGAAGGAGCAAUCCAUAAGGCAGAUCUCCUCUGGGAAGACAACAAGUCUCGCUGGCCCCCUCACACAAUCAAGCCGCAGAAGGACACUGGCGCCCUUCGCCUGUGGGAAAUGCAUCCGCAAGAGGUGGAGAAAGAAGAGGACGCCCAGAUGACCAACGACUAG